AAAAUUCCAAUGAAACGUAUAUAUACAGGUAAACGCGUUUUCCUCUUUCACUGUUCGCUUGAUCGUCCGGUGUUUAAUAUCUCGAUCUGUUAUUGCUCUUCUGUCUUAUUCAUUCUUUAAAUUUGUCACCUGUGAGUGAUCAACAGAAUUGUUUUUGUCAGUGACUCCUUGUAGUAUUUAGUGAAGGCAAUGUCAUUUAAGUGAUUAGAAAUACCUGCGAUCAAGACAGAUUACGCAUUACAUAAUCUUAGAAGAUGUCCAACGAGAAAUUAUUCAGUUUUCAGACUGGAAAAGUAACUCAUUUUACGACCGUGGAUUAUGUACUUUUCGGACUUCUAUUAGUGUUUUCUGCAGGAAUUGGACUGUUCUUUGCCAUAAAAGAUAGGAGACACAAUGAUACAAAAACAUUUCUGAUGGCGGGCGGGAACAUGAACCCCUUUCCCGUGGCCCUGUCUCUGCUGGCCAGCUUUAUGUCCGCUAUCACCCUACUGGGAACACCUGCCGAGAUGUAUAACUACACUACGAUGUACUAUUGGAUCGGACUCUCGUACCUCUUCGUUGCCUUUGGGGCUGCCCAUGUGUUCAUGCCAAUAUUCUACCGGCUCCGAGUGAGGAGCGCAUACGAGUACUUGGAGCAUCGAUUCAGCAAAGGGGUACGGACAGCGGGCUCCAUGACAUUCUGCUUCCAGAUGCUUUUGUACAUGGCUCUGGUGCUGUACGCCCCUUCUCUAGCGUUGAAUUCAGUGACUGGUUUUACGUUAUGGGGGUCUGUAAUAUCCGUUGGAAUUGUCUGUACCCUCUACACAACAAUCGGUGGAAUGAAAGCUGUCCUUUUCACAGAUUCAUUUCAAGUUGGAAUGAUGUUCGCCGGAUUACUUGCAAUCUUGAUCCAGGGUAAUAUCGAACUAGGCGGAUUUGCAAAUGCUUGGGAAGAGGCAGAGAAGAGCGGACGGGUUUACUUCACAGACUUCAGCCCAGAUCCCAAGGUGAGACACAGCGCAUGGUCCCUGGUAAUUGGAGGAACGUUCACCUGGGUGGCUAUCUACGGUGUCAAUCAGGCACAGGUCCAACGCUACUGCACAUGCCCGUCUCUUAAAAAAGCACAACUGGCUAUUUGGCUGAAUUUCCCCGGCCUGUGUCUCAUCCUGUACUUGUGUUGUCUGAUUGGUAUGGUGGUGUACGCCUUCUACAGCAAAUGCGAUCCUUUCUCUUUCAACUUGGUCAAAACAUCGGAUCAGCUCCUGCCUCUGUUCGUGAUGGACGUUUUGGGUCACCUGAAAGGAUUCCCUGGUCUCUUCGUCGCUUGUUUGUUCAGCGGCGCGUUAAGCACAAUUUCCUCAGGACUGAGCGCUUUGGCUGCAGUAGUUUUAGAAGAUGUUAUAAAAGCAUAUUUUUUCAAAAACCUAUCAGAAAAUGCGGCUACGAACACAUCCAAGGUUCUCGCCUUUGUUUUUGGAAUAAUAUGCCUAGGUCUUACAUACGUGGCGUCACUUCUUGGUGGCGUCCUCCAGGCAGCGUUGUCUCUGUUUGGGAUGAUAGGAGGGCCCCUGUUGGGUCUGUUCAUUUUAGGAAUGAUGUUUCCAUGGGCAAAUAAAUGGGGAGCUUACAGCGGGUUGCUCCUUGGUUUGGUGUUCAUGUUUUGGAUUGGAGUAGGAGCUCAGAUCUAUAAACCAUACAAUCCCAAGGCACCGAUAAACAUUACGGGAUGUAAUUGGAAUCUCACAACGACAGCUGCACCAGCCACCGUGUCCGCAUUCAAUCAGUCCAUAGUCUCCACUUCCGCCACGCCCUUCUUCAACUCCACUGAGCCCGCCCCCGUGACUGAAGACGAGUCCGUGCUCGCACCACUGUACGCAUUAUCCUACAUGUGGUACAGCGCCACCGCCGUCCUCUUUGUGGUAGUAGUGGGUCUCAUCGUCAGCUUACUGACAGGUCCCGAAGAUCCAAAGAAGAUAGACCCUAAGUUGAUAUGUCCAUUGUUUGACAUCCUUUUCCCCUAUUUACCAGAAAAAAUCAGGAAGCCAAUGAGGUUUGGAGUGAGACAUGAUGAGGUUGACAAGGAAUCUAAGGAAGGCGGAAUAUUUGCGGACAUAAACACAGAUGUUCUGAACCAGGAAAUCAAAGUCGAUUCCGUAGAAAAGGGGAAAGAAAGGGAGGCAAAUGGCUUCGUGAAAACAGAAAAUGGAAACGCUCCGACAAAAAAUGGAGUUGAAAAUGGAGGUUAUGCCGUAAUCGAAACUGAAUUUGUAUCUCACCUAUAACGACAUUAAUUUCGAAUUUUACAUUUUGUUGACUUAUUUUCGCUACAAGAAACGAACUAUACACCACUGACAUUUUGACGAAUGUUAAUUAUUGAUUUAUAAUACCAUUUAGAUGUGUAGUUGAAAGUGACACAGCUAAGCAUCGAGAAUGAUAUGGAUGAAAUGGAAUUGCAUAAUUAUUUAUCUGACAAUUAACUGCUUUUCAUCGAAAGUGAAAGUAAAUGAUCUCGCUCUUACGCCAACAAACGUUAAGGAUUUAACGGGAGAGUAUGUCAAUGGGUCAUUCACCAGAGUACGGCACAAUGAGAAAACAAUUGAAAUUCAAAUGUUGCGCGUUGUGGUUUAUUUGACCCCUGGUACGAUCACAUACAUGUACCACAUGAACACCUUCGUAAACCAUAAAUAUCUAGAACUGUGUGCCUGUCUUCCCAAAGCCAUCAACCGCUUUUUAAAUUCUACUUCUUCUCAAAACUUUCCAAAAAAAAAAAAAAUACAUGAGCAUCAUCUUUGAAAACAAACACCGUUAUUUGCAUUUUAUAUAUUCGCCAUGCCCACACACUAUUCUGAAAAGAUCAUUUCUGGAGACUCUCUCAGAUGACCGUUGAUUCCUGUAGUCUGUAAAGACGAUUUUAUUUGUUGUAUUUUCGCGUAUAACACAUAUCAACUCAACAUAGCCCAAAGUUACGACUUUCACAAUUGUACACCGUUGUGUGUUCGAUGUCGGGAAAUAAAGAGUUUUGAUGACAUUUGUAGCAUCUUCUUGAUCCGAUCCCAAAUGAUAUUUUAGUACGAAAUCAGGAUAGAGAACAAAGUGAGAAUUGGGAACAGAGAGAGGAAUUUUAAAAACCUUUAUUAGUGCAUAAUCCAAAAACCUCUGUCAUUGCUGUUAAUUCGCCGAGCCGGGAGUUGUUAGUGAAUUCGUUCUCUAUACAUAUACCCGGGUUUGGCUGCUAACUGUCCUGAAGUAAGAGACCAUUUCUAAAGAUUGUACUACUUUUCUAACUUUUGCUUCAGACCCAAAGUGAAUAGUCCAUGAAAUUAAUGAUGCAUGUUUCUCUAACCCAAUCCAUACCACAUGUACGUCCCUAUUUUCUAUUAACCAUGAGUGAAUGUUAACGUUUGAUCGACGACUGAUGGACAUUUGUCAAAGUGCUCACCCGUGUGGCUCAUGACCUGUGCAGCAUCACUGGGACAUGCAUCGUAAAAGUGUUUGAAAUCACAAUUGAGGUGUUUUGUAAAAUGUCUUUUUUCUUUACAUGUUGUUUUUAGUCUUCAAUAAAUAUAGGACUAGUUCAUCGUAUUAGCAUGCAAUUCGAUAAACAUGAUAACAGAAAUCCAAGAACCAACUGUUCUUUUUAGAUUAUUAUUGUUUUUGUUUUUUCCGAUACAUGUACAAUAAUGUUCUUAUGUCAAAUAAAAUUCAUCAAUAGAGAA